AUGGUAUUUCAAGGAUGGGACCCAGAGUAUGCGAACUCUGCUGGAUACGACUACAGGUGUAAUAAUGUGGAAGGCUUUUGUCCAAUGAACUGCCGUGAUGAUAAAUUGAAUUGCUACCUUAUUGAUAACAAUGGAUUCAUACUUGUUUCCAAAAUCUCCAAACAGCUUGGAAAAUUCUUGGGAGAAGUAGAUGGUUCUGUUACAACUCAGCUCGCAAACAUGGGAAUGCUCAGAAAAGUGAAGAUGUUUGAUUAUCAAGCCAUGUGUAAAGCGCCCCAUCACCAUUACAGUGGUGCCCGUCCUCUUCUCAGUCCAAUUUAUACAUUAUUGGCAGCAGCAAAAUGGAUGAUCACCGAUUUCUUCAUAUUCCUUUUGGAAUUUAACAUUUUUAGUUUCUGGCACAUGGAUAGCUUGGCUGAUGCCAAAUCUGUUUUUCAUCAUGCUCACAAACAUAAAAAACAUGAUGUGCUGCAACCCUGUGACACCGAAUAUCCUGUGUUUGUGUACGAGCCUGCUAUCAAAGAGGCCAAUGGACUAAUUGAGUGUGGAGCCUGUCAGAAGAUGUUUUUGGCGCAGCAAGUUAUGAACAGCAACCUUGUGCUCCUGGUAACUGAUGCCACCUGUGACUGCAGCAUCUUCCCAUCUUUUGCAUUGCAGGCUAAAGAAGUAAAAUAUAACAGUUCGGUGAAAUGUGACAGGAUGCGCUCUCAGAAACUAAGACGCCGACCAGACACUUGCCAUGCAUUCCAUCCAGAGGAAAAUGCCCAAGAUUGUGGAGGAGCUGCAGCGAUUUCAGCCUCCUCAACUUUGCUCCUGUUUCUGCUGGCAACAGAAGCUCUUCUUCUGCGGUGACAAAGUGCAUGGCAGUCCUUACAUUGCACCUGGGCUGCUAUUUUCACAUGGGCCUCAAACAGAACUUGACCUCAUCACUCCUAAAGGACUUCCUAGCUCUACCUUGUAUUUACAGGUGGGACAGAAGAAGGACAAUCACUAUGAUACAAAACUAACCACUGAUUCUUUCCCAUCUCUACAGUAGAGUUCUACAGUUCAUCUAAGGGUAGUGAUGGGGGAAUGAUGUU